AUGAAUAUCUUUAUUUUCUUUAUUAUUUUAUUCACAUUUUAUGUUAUUACAUCAUAUAUCUCUAAAUUGCGAAAGUUCUCAGAGAAAAAUGACCCAAAAGGACCAUCGGUAAUACCAGUGUUGGGUAAUCUUCACCAAAUGGGAAAACUACCACACAGAACAUUCUUGGAGAUGACUAAAACCUAUGGUGAUGUUUUUAGAGUUUGGAUGGGUGAUUAUUACACUGUUGUUGUGAGUGAUCCAGUCAUUGCCAAAUUGAUUCUUGUAACACAUCAUGAUAACUUUUUGAAUCGUGUACAGAAUCCAACAUUCAGUUUAACCAGCAAUCACUAUCAGAAUUUGGCAGCUUCAAGAGAUGAGCGAUGGCAUCACAAUCGUAAGUUGGUUGCAAACUCUUUAUCGAAAUCCAAAUUACGUUCCACAGUUCCAGUUAUGGAGAAACAAGCUGAACUUCUCACAAUAACGAUGUCACAAUUGCAAAAAUCAGGUCGACCUUUUUCACCAAUGAAAUAUUGUAAGAAAUAUGCAUUGAAUAUUAUUUUUAGUAUUGUAUUUGCAGAUGAGAUUCCUUACGAAGAAGGUGUUGAAGAGGGUAGAUUUGGAAUGUUACUUCACCCAUUAGAUACUGUUUUUAAAACACUUGGAGCAGGAUCGUUAGUCGACUACAUAACCAUUAUACAACCUUUGUUUUACGCAUACAAAAGAUUCACUGGAACUGAAAUGGAUCCAAUAUUUAAUUUUGUUUCAAAGUUGUAUGAUGAACAUGUUGCAACUUUAGAUCCAAAUAAUCCAAGAGAUGUUCUUGAUGUUUUGAUUAUUGAUUCAGAAGGAAAGGAUAGAGUUGGUGUAAUUGCUGUUACCAUUGACUUUAUGUUGGGAGGUACAGAUACUAGUGCAACUACAAUCGAAUGGUUCCUUUUGUUCAUGGCCAAUAAUCCAGAUAUUCAAGAAAAGGUUGGAAAGGAAUUGAAGGAAGUUGGUGGUGUAAAUGGAAAGUUCACUCUUGCCAACAAACCAAACACUCCAUAUUUGAAUGCAGCCAUCAAGGAAACACUGAGAAUGAGACACGUAGGACCAUUUGGAUUACCACGUGAAACCAGAGAAUCAAUCUUGUUGAAUGAUCAAGUAUUCAUUCCAAAAGGUUCUCAAAUCAUUAUUUGUUACUAUGGUAUGUGCCACGAUGAGAAACGAUGGAAUGAUCCAGAAACAUUUAGACCUGAACGUUUCCUUGAUGGUUCUGAAGAGAAACACAAUGAGUACUUCCUUCCAUUUGGACAAGGACCACGUAACUGUGUUGGAAUGAACUUGGCUAACGAUGAAAUGUACAUUGCAAUUUCCAAUAUCAUGUCAAACUUUAUCGUCUCUUCACACGACGGUAAACCAAUAGACGAUACCGAAAACUUUGGUAUCUAA